UUAACUACACACAGCAAUCGAGAGAAGUGUAUUUUUGGCUCCAACCAUCAGACCAAACGUCCUCCGUCGAGGCAACGCUUGUGCUUAAUCACACUGGUACAAAACUUUUCAUUUCCAAUUCGAAUUUGUAUUUUUUACUGUGCUGCAGUGAAAAACUCAACUGGAGAACUAACUGAUUUUUAGGUGUAUUUCUGAAGAUGCAGGCGACUUGUCUGAUUAAUCGCUUAACAGCAUUUAUUAUUGCUACAGUUUUCUCAGUUUACUACACUUACAACAUUUACGAAUAUUAUACCUUCGCGAGCAAAUCCAAAGGCAAAACAUCAACAUUGGUGAUAGCAAGUGCAUUCAUGCUGCUAUGCGCCGUGAGCAUCGUCUUCCAGUUCUUUCUCGUCGUUGGAGCAAAAAAUGCAGACGCUAAGAAGGUUUCCCACUGGCUCUUAUUUUCGAAAUGCGUCAGCUUCCCUUAUUUGUUGUUCGUUGUCGGCGCUGUUGCCUACGCCCAAUGCUGGAUGACCCUCAUCUUGGAAGGAUCUACCCUGGUUGUUCUCAUAAUCAGCGUGGCCCUGAUGAUGUGGUACGAAAAAGAAAUCAAAUCUACUGCCCCAAGUGCUCCUACACUGGUGUGAAGAAGAGAAAAGUCGUUUUAAACAGAGUUUUAACGCUUUUUAUAUCGAAAAAACCAGCAUUAAAAUAAUUUGCAGCAUUUAUAACAAGCAGAAAAAUCAGACUAAAAUUUGAUUUGAGUUUUUUAGGAUGCGAAAGAUAUUGGAGGAGCAAACAGAUGGUAUAAAUAUUUUAAUAUUAACUUUUAUCUAGCUGAAACUAUAGUUUUAUUGAACAUUUUAGCCGUCUGAAAAAAUUUAACAAAUUAUCAUUUAUUUAAUAUUUUUAAAAAAUAAUAUGAACAAUGCCUUAACAAUGCGAGCCAAUGUUGUAUCAAAAGAAUAAAUUUUUCUUUGUUUUCAUUGGCUAUUUAAUAAAAAAUAUUUUUAAAAACACUUUAUAUAUCUAAAUAUCGCAUAUUUCCCAUAACUGCAUAGAGGAGAGCAUAUAUUCAGCAAAAGAACAUCGCAAUUUCAGGUGUAAAUUCAUUUGAAACUUUCCCAGGCUUGUGAAAUCACACAAAACUUGUCAUUCGAGGCCGUUUCCUGUGUGCACAGAACCAAUUUCACCAGCACUCGUGUGAUGUUUAGUAGCAAAAUGAGCUUGUUAUGGACGGGAAUUUAUGUGUUCUUUGCGCUCGCACUUUUAGAUAAUCUCGCCUCACAGGUUGAAAUGAAGAAACUGAGAGGCAAUAAACGGAACUAUAUUAUAAGAUGCUGCGGCCGUAAGUCUUGCACAAAUGUGUCCCACAAAAAAGCAAACCACACAUUGAUUAAACAACCGACUGUAUCUUUGACGAGUCGUUUUAAAACAUUGCCACUUGGAGUAAGCAGAGCCGAGACUGCUGGAGGUAACACGGAAAAAAUGGAAAACGCCAAGACGGAUGCUGCAGCAGCACCUGAGAGCACUGCAAAUGUCAAUUUAGACCCACAAAUUGAUGCAAAGUCACAGGCUCCAGCUGAAAUAACAGUUUUUCCGACUGAUCUAAUGAAUGGAGGAGGAACCCCAAGCUCAGAAGCUGAAAUUACUGCUGCUGUAGAUGCAACGCCACCCACUUCACCGAUUGGAAUCCCCAAAAGUGGCUCUACAAAUGAUGCUUCGAAAACAACUACCUCGACAAACACCCUAUUGCCUAAUAAAGUCUUGACAAGCACUUCAUUGAGAAAUGCCGCUUUGACGCAGACGACUGUUUUGGCGCAAACCAGUUCAACCACUGUCACCUCUACAGGCACCUUAUCGAAUAGCAACUUUUUGAGUGGUGGCUCAACAUUAAUGUCCCCGUCAACUACUCAAACUAGUACAAUUAGUACCAAAUCUGCACCGACAACCACUACUCUGCCCUCCUUGUAUAACUGUUCGGAUUUAACUUGCGCUAGAAAUGCGUCUCUUUUUGACGCUAGUGCGAAUCUUAUAGAUGCACAAAAGUAUGGUGCCUGGAGGGAAAUCUGCGGAGAGCUGUACCUUUUUGGAAAAUCAAUUGUGACAUGGGAAACUAACGUGAAGAGGUGCUGCAGCAUUGGAAUGAAACCAGUAGCGUUUGAAACUUUGGAGAAAUUCAACUGUUUUAAAAAUAUUACGCAAUAUGAAGAGUGGCCUUACAACUUCAACUACUGGACGUCAGCGCGCCAGAUUUUCUCCAAUAAUACCUUUCAGUGGUGUUUGUACAACACUCCUGGAACUUUCACCAACGCCAUCCCAAUGUGGGCUAUUGGACACCCCAAUAAUUUAUUUUCUAUGAAUUGCGUGCACUUGUCUGUUCCCAAAAAUAAAAAUACAACCGAGCUGACUCAAAAGAGCUGCAGUAACACAUUUAUUUUAUCAUGCAAGGGCCAACCAACUCCAGCCCCACCUUGCUCUACUCCAACCUGUCCCAGUGCCAAAUGCAGCAAAAAUGACUCAUUGUUCUCGUUGGCACGCGACAAAGUUUCUAAAUUUCUAGCAAAUCCUCCUCAAUAUGGGUCUUGGAAAAGUAUGAAUUAUCGGAUUUUCAUGUUCGGCAAUGCUAGUAAAACGUGGGCUGAAGCGGUCGCGACUUGUUGUGCGCUCGGGAUGAAGCUUUUAAGUGUCGACAUGGAGUAUAAAUACAGUGUUUUGUCUCAAAUAAUAGGUUCAAAUUAUUCAUCCUCUCCCAUCUCUACUCAAAUAUAAAUUGUAGGAUAUGACCAGGAAACUCUGUCCGGAAAAUAUUGGACUUCAGGAACAGAUAACGGCUGCCCCGGCGCGUUCGGAUGGUGCGCUGCAAACAAACUGGUCCGAGGGCCGAUUUGGGCGCGUGGCGAACCUCACAGUGGCAAAAACUGCAUUGCUGUUGAUGUCAGAAGCACAAACGCAACUCUUUCGACUGCGGAUUGCACCUCAAAUCUGCCAUUUAUUUGCGAAGUUAGAGACACGAGCAACUCGACUAGUGGAGGAAAAGCAAUCAAAGACGAGUGUGCCUCGAAUUACAACAUAUCUGAUGUUGAACAAGAAAAUAUUUUUAACAGUACCAAGUUCGACGUUAAGAUAAAGUGCUUUUUAAAAUGCUUGGGCGAGAGUGGAGGAAUAAUCCUGAACGGUCGAGUUGUUGACGAACAGCUAAUAAAAUUGGCAGAGACUUUGUCGCCGAACAACAACGAGCAGCUGAUGAGCGAUCUCAAAGCUGUGGACGAGUGCUCUGGCUUAAAGGGAAUGGACGAGUGUGACACGGCGGCUUUAGCUUAUCAGUGCGGACAGGAGAAAGCCCCAAAUCUGGUUGCGAAUGCAAUCAAGGUCGUGGAAUUGAACAUAACUGCAGAAAAAUCUCCAUUGCAACCAGCUCUAGGCGAAUGUGCAACUGAUUAUGAUUGUGCUGUGGAGCCUUAUUACAGAAAUAUGUUUCUCUCUAACAGCACACCAGAUGAUGCUUCGAUAAUAUAUAUUUGUGGCAAACGCUAUCUCUUAGGGAACAUAGUUGCUCCAUAUCGGAAAUCUGCAACUUGGUGUUGCAAGUAUGGCUUAAACAUCGUUUCCCUAGAAACAGUCGAAGAAUUGAACUGCAUUGUUGCGUCACCUUUAGGAGGCCGAACUAAGCCGAUUAAAAUGUGGACUUCAGCUACCAGGAAAGGAACAGCAAACAACGGAUUUCGUUGGUGCACAUCCAAAGCUGCGUUUGAUCUUUCUAUGUGGACAAUUCAAAACAUUAAUGCAUAUCCUGAAAACCAUAUAUUGACCAUGUAUGUUCAAACACCACCAGCGAGUACUUAUUUUAAUACGGAUGACGACACUCUAAGUUCUAGUUUCCCCCUUUGUGAAGAACAACCACUGUAAAUUUAAAAUGGUGCAUAAUGCCAUUAGCAAGCAACAAAAAAGGGUGGUUUUGGCAAUAUGCGUUGCUUUACAUUACUUUCCUUAUUUCAAAAUUGGAAUAAUAAAUAAAUAUUCCAACACUG